GAUAUGACACACACGACAGACACACAUAAAAAUGAAAACGACGAACGUCGACGGCAACGACGAUUGACUGUCGACUGUCGACACGACGGUGAACCAAGUGAAAUAAAUCGCUAAAUUUCUGAAGCAGAAAAUAAAUUUUGGCGAAAAAUUCAUUGCAGUUUUUUAUUCCGGUUAUUAUUUACAACGAACAAAAAUGGUUUUCAAUAUUUUAUUCAAGGAUCGUGUAACGAAACCGCAAAAGAAGAUGCUCAUCACACUGUUGCGUGAAACGAAGUAUAUGGAGGGUAAAAAGGAAAAGGAAUGGUACUGGGAAAAGAUACAGGCAGCGCUAAACACUAUCGGCCCGAAGAAGACCAUAAUACAAUGGAAGAAGUGUUGGCGUGACAUGCGUUUGACAACGCGAAAGAAACUUGCCGAAUUGAAGCGUUGUCAACUGGCAGGAGGCUCCCCACCGCCGGGUAUAGAGCUCAACCAAGAGGAUAAUGACAUUAUCGACAUUGUUGGCACGGAAUACUUUUAUGAAGAGAUGAACGGAGAAUUAAAGCCCGAGAACUUUAUGUCUGGCUUCGAUUAUGUACCCGAACAUUUUUGCGAUGCAAUUUUAACUGCUGCGGCUGUAUCCAACGGUCAGCCACAGCACAUGCAACAUCAAAAGGAUCAGCAACAUGCAGCACAACAACAGCAGCAACAACAACAACAGCAGCAGCAGGAUCAUGCGAACAAUGAUGGUGAAACAAAUGAUGCGCCUGGUUCUUCGAAUCACACCGACACGCAUGGCGGCUCUUUUCAGACCCCCGGUGUUGGCAUGCAAUCACAUAACGGCGAACAUGUAUCUGGCAGUAGUUCGUCGCAGCAACAUAAUUCGAUGCCACAUCUGCAGGCGUUUCACGGCGGCUUGCACUCGCAUUUGUUGCGUCGACAGCAGCAUGCUGCAGCUGCCAUGCAACGUGAGUCCGCAUUUGAAGAGAAACUUUUGCAAUUCAUGCAAGAUGCAUUUCCCAAGAAGAGCAAAAAACGUAAGAACCGUGAUCCAGAUAAGUUAUUUUUACUCUCACUCUACGAGGAGAUCAAACGAGUGCCCGAAGAGAUACGGCUCGACGUCAAGGGGGAGCUCAUACAGGUGCUAAAGAAAUAUCAGAAAAAGCCACCAGUAAAACAGGAAAAAUCCCAGUCGCAAACGCAUUCACAAUCAUCAUCGUCGUCGUCGAGCAAACAGAGCUCUUCAACGGCAAAUGAUAAAAUACAACUAGCGCAGCACUCACAAUUAUCGCACAGCAUGUAUCAGUUGCAGAAGAAAUAUGAUAAGAAUGAAAAGGAAGCUUCACCACAAUCACAGGUGGAACGUGUAUCUGCAUCGGCAGUUGCAUUACAUGCGCAACAACAGCUACCACAUGCGCUAUUCCAGCUGCAAAAGAAGUACGAUGAGGGCGCCGAAAAGGUACACCAACAGAAUGAGCAACGUAAACAUGUAGAGAGUAGCCAUCAACAGCACAAUAGUCAUCAGCAGGCGCCGGCGCCUCCCACCGGCGAACAGCACCUACAUCAUCCACAAAUGGCACAUAGCAUUAUGUUCCCAUUGCCUCAGAUACGCAACGAGCAACCUACAGCACAACAGCAUCAUCCACACAAUCCCCACCAGCAACAGCCGCAACAUAAUCCACAUCAACAACAGACGCAACAACAUCAUCCGCCCACCAUAUUCGGCACAUCGGCCGCCUCCAGUGCUAUGAGCACUGAACGGCCAGCCAUGGCGUAUGAGAAUGUCGGGUGAAUGCUAAGCCGUCUUUGGGAAGCGGCCUGGGAGGGACGCGUGCCGGCGACGACGAUGACAACAACAAUGACGCUUGCACAAGGUGAAACCUGAACUGCAAUCAUACACUGGACGUUUGCGACGCACACAAGAUCUAUAUGUACAUAUAAUAUCUAUUAAACAUACAAUGCUAGUAUACAACAUUACAAAAAAAAAAACGAAAAAAUUAAAAUAACUCGAAAUCACUUAUAUAAAUAAUACAAUAUAAUUGUUAAUAUUUGUAAUGAA